GCGAGUUAACCUCAAAUAAGGCGUGGUUGCACAAAGUGAGAGUGUCGCUGUGUCAAGCUUGGAAUAGCUUCGGUUCACCAUAUGCCAAGGCACGGAAUUCUGUAAACAUGUCCAUCCAAGAUAGCCAGAUUCCCGCCCUCUAUACGCGUGCAAUCGAGAAGUACAGAGAGAUCACCAACGAGGAUUUCGACGUCGCUUUCCUUAACAAACUCCGGAAUGUGGACGACCUGGUCAGAGAAAUCGAUGAGCAAAAUAACUCCUUUAGCGGCUAUCGCCGCAAACGCAGCCUCAUCUUCGAUGCGCUGCAGGCUGUACUGGUUCCCGUCCAGCUAUUUAGCAAUCUGGCUGCGGGAGGCGCAUCCAUGGCCUUCCCUCCUAGUAGCCUUGUUUUUGGCGCCGCCACUUACCUGAUAUCGGCGGCCAAAGGGGUGUCGAGCUCGUACGACGCAAUCCAGUAUCUAAUGCAGAGCCUCAAGGAUUUUACCAUUCGGUUGAAAGCCUACAGUCAAGAACACAUGUCGCAAGAUCUCAGCGACAAGCUCAGUGACAUCCUUGUCACAUUGUUAGAGAUCUUUGCCCUCUCAACGAAAGCUAUUAAACGUGGGAGGCUGCUUAGGUUCACGCGCAACGUCCUGCUGGGCAAUGACGACACCAUCGCAGCGGCGGUGGGAAAAUUGGAUAGACUAACCAAGGUUGAAGCGGGUCUUGUGGGUGCGGAGACGCUGACUGAGGCCAAGCGCACUGGCCGCAUGGUGGAUGGUUUGCAGACUACCGUCAUAACGACAAAUGCCACGGUACGGGAGACGGGGAUGGCAGUUAAUCAGAUGACUGUGCAGGUCACUGAGGUGCAUGAGAUGUUGGAUAGUCUUCUGAUCGCUGUAAACGACAAUGAUGAGAAGCAUUGGGCGUUAGCAAAGUCGCACCAGGACCCGCUGAGACACGUCCUGCGGCCAUCUGUAAAGGAUUGCGCCCAAGACUGGUAUGACAAGAUUAGCAAGACCCGCGUGCCCGGUACGGGCGACUGGAUCCACUGUGAGGACGCAUUCAAUGGCUGGAUAAAUAAAGAAUACCCAUCAGUCUUCAUAUCCGGCAACCCCGGCGCAGGUAAAUCAUAUCUCUCCUCAAAGAUUAUCGCCUUCCUGAAAGACCAGUACCCACAGGGGGUGCAACAUCCCUCAAAUGUCUCUGUGGGCUACUUCUUCUUCAAGAACGAUAACCCCGACACAAGGUCAUUUCACCAGGCACUGCGUGAUGUCGCGUAUCAGAUCAGCAAGAAUGAUCCGGUGUAUGAAAAGUACCUUACGACGGUGGGCGACUAUGGACGCGUCAGCACCCUGGAGAGUGCCUGGCGCAUCCUGUUCUUCGACUUCUUUUUGAACAAGGGGUCAAUCUCCAGUAGCGUGUUUAUCAUCUUUGAUGCUGUGGACGAAGCCUUCGAACAGGAGCGCUUAAACUUCCUUAACCUAGCUAAAGACAUCCUCAGCGCCACUAAUCGCGGCCGAAUGCAACUGGCCAUGGUUGGACGGCCCCAUAUUAGUGACCAGCUGGUGGAAUCGCUAGAGACCGACAUUCCAACGAUCUAUGUGACGACACAGAAGAAUUCCGGCGAUAUUGAUCGUUAUAUCAAGACCAGCAUCCAAAAAUCAGUCAUUCUCCGACGUGUCUCGCCGGCCCUGCGGAAGGAAAUUACAGAAAAGCUGUCGGCAGGCGCUGAGGGCAUGUUUUUAUGGGUCAAUCUCAUGCUGCAAGAGCUGGUCAAGAAGCGGAAUGAAUCCAGUAUCCGUAAGAGCCUAGACGAGGCGCCUAAAGGUUUGAAAGAUAUGAUGCGCCAUGUCCUGAUGAGCUUUUCUUCCAGUCUAAAUAAUGAAGAGUUGGAAUACUUAAAUGAGCUCUUACUCUGGACUACCUGUGCCCUUCGCCCUCUGACCCUUGGUGAGGUCGAGGCGAUCCUUGAGUUAAUGUCUCCCGAGGGGGACGGCAUGAUCUAUCUUGAAGGUGCUCUCCGCAAGCAGUUUGCUGCCUUCUUCAAUCUCCACCGAGAAGACGGUCUGACGACGACAGAACUUCAGGCCAUGACUGCAGCCGCGGAUGAGGAAUCGGACGACGAAGGAGAUGUCGGUGAGAAGCCCGUUGGGGACAACGACGCAUUCGAAGAUGUCGAGAAUUUCUCAGACUUUGAUUCCAAUAAAAAGUCUACUACGCUGACCUUCUGUCAUGCGUCCUUGGGUGACUUUUUCCGUGACCGGAGUGAGGGCAAGGUCGCUGCUGGUGAGGAUAAGUUGGCUGUUGGCGUUGUCUACAACGAUGCAAAAGCGCACGUUCUCAGAACCUGCCUCAAAGUUCUCACCGAUACCGGGUUUGCCCAGAGGGCAAAGGAACCUUACCUGAUGCGCGCCUAUGCUGCGACGGGCUGGGUGCAAUAUCUUCACGAGGUCCAGCCGUGGGAGGCUUCGUCUGCUGACAAGCAAGAGAUUGCCAGCAUGCUGGCGAAGAUGUUUGGACAGGAGGAGUACAUGGAGGAAUGGGUGGGACGGAAGAGUUGGGUUUCUUCCAGCGACAACCUCAGAGCCAUCCGAAGCUGGUGGGAAGAUCCGGAGGUCGUCAAAUUGCUUCCUGUAGAGGAGGCAGAAUUUAUCAGUUCUACCCACAAUAUCCCACGAGAGACAUUCAAGCCCAUCGCCCGAUUCUGUGCCAGAAAAUGGUUGAAUGAAGGCGACUGGUGGCCCAGCGCCCCAUGUGCGAUGAUCAUCGCUUAUUUGAAGUUUCAAGACGGCAUUGAGUGGGAUUUUCUGGGCCAGUUCGACCCGACAGCAGCGGAGAUUGGCCGGGCGGCUGAAUGGGCAGAGUUGGAGAAGACAUCUCGCUGGUACCAGCGGGUUGCAAUCGUGCUGCGCCAGACAAACCACAUUGACGAGGCUCUGUGCCACUUUCAACAGGCGAUCGACCUGGACCCGAAUAAUUGGAUAGCCAAAGCAGGCAUGGCGAUAGCAUACAAGGAGAAAAAAGAAUGGCAGAAGGCUCUGGAGCUGGAUACACAAGUAGAAGCACAUUUGGAAGAGCGGUUGGUUGAAGACGUUGAUGACCCGGAGCAAAAGCUCAUGCUGGUGGCAGAUCUGCACGUAAUAAGGGAUCGCAUGGGCGGCUGCUACCGCGAGCUGGGUGAGCCAGAAAAGCAAUAUCAUGCCUUGAAAAAGGCCCUGGACGCCAGGCCAUUCUGUAAUGUGUGCAUCUACAGAAUCCUGCGUUUCGAAAACAGCACGCAGCGAUACAAAGAGACAAUUUCUUUCCUGCAAGAGCUUUCCAACAGCAAAGUCCCUGACAAGGACCACCAUCGCCUGACCGAGGUGCUCUGGAACAACCCCUACUCCGACGGGAAUUUCUUCGAGUUCUUCGCGGGAGCGGUGCGGGCCACCGACAACGUUGACUUUAUGAUCCGAUCCUACCGCGACGCGGCUCGGGCUGCACGGAGGAUAUCCAUGACCGUGGUGGCUGCACAUCUGGAUCUGUCGCUUGCCCGCAUCUACUUCGAGAUCUCGCAAGAGAAGGAUAAGGCGACGGGGCGGUGGGAGAAAAUCCUCAACAUGUAUAGCUCGGCCAAGGAAGAGGGGGAAAUCGGCAUGGCUAAAGUGAUCGCUUCCUCCAACCUAGCUCGUCUCUGGCUUUGCAACGCCGUUGAGGCCGGGGUAGGGUCCGCCACAGCAGAGGAGUACGUGAGCCGGCUGGAGCAGUUGGUACGACGCUACAAGAGCGAGGACACGUCGGACCUAUGGGUUAUCUCUCGGGCUCGUGCAAUUGCGCUGGGAGUGUGGUAUCGCUUGACUGGGCGACACGACGAGGCGCGGAUGCUGUUUGCCCCCUCUGUCAAACGGGCCGUGCAGAUACUGUCCGACGACGAUCCGGCGAACGACAACGAUGGACUCAGUGAUCUACGGAAUGCUCUCCUUGCUGCCGGCGAUAUCAAGAAUGUCCUUGCUGCUUCCUAUGCACUCGGGACUUAUGUGGAUGAAGACUACCCUCGAAAUUGGACACGCGAGGACGUCUCUGAUCUUAGUUGGUACUACCUCUGUGAUGGACCCUGCCGGAAAGUAUCGUUAGUCUUGGACGACUUUUCCCUGUGUCCGAUCUGCUUCGAUACGGGGUUCUGCGGUGAAUGCACCGGACUCUUGCGGACGGGGGCCGUACCAUUCGGAAAAUGCAGUCCUACUCAUGUCAAGAAUUUCGUGUACAUUCCUCCUAGGCCGCAAAGGGUGGAGCCGAACCGAGUUCUAGUCGACGGACAAACCUUAACCUAUGAAGAAUGGCUAGCGUUGUUGAAGGGGGAGUGGGGAAAUCCUACGACUGGGACAACUACCUCGACUUCAUCCGCGAAGUUCCCGUCCGUCCCACGCACAACUCCCGGGAUCAACUCCGACGGGGCGUGUGUCGCGGCGGGCGAGUCAGAGACAGGGGGAGAGGAGCCCCCACACCAAGUCCUCUUCGUACAGCUGGGCACAGGCCUCAACGGGUCCACGGAUACCGUGCACGGCGGGGUGCUGGCGUCGCUGGUGGACGAGGCGCUGAAGAAUCGCCCACUCGAAGCAGAGCGAAGGGAACAAAACUGUGCAUUUUCUGCAGACCUGGGUGCUUCCCUGGAAGACGAACUCAAGCCGCAGUACCACAACAAGUCGUUCAGCGAAGAGGCCAAGCGCAAGGCAUUCGUUCCGAUUCUAUCACCACUGGCGGCGGGUCCUGAGGCCACCGCCGCGCAGUAG